AAUGUGCAGCCCCCUGGAGCAGGCGAUGGCUGCCAUCGUACUCACCUUCCAGCGCUAUGCAGGCAUCUCUGGGGACAAACACAAGCUCUGCCAGGCGGAGCUCAAGGAGCUGCUGGAGAAGGAGAUGGCUUCCUGGACCCCGACGGAGCUGCGGGAGUGUGACUACAAUAAAUUAAUGAGUGUGCUGGACACCAACAAGGACUGCGAGGUGGACUUUAUAGAGUACGUGCGCUCGCUCGCCUGCCUCUGUGUCUACUGCCAUGAGUACUUCAAAGACUGUGCCCCAGAGCCCCCCUGCUCCCAGUAGCCUCUGCUCCAGAGGG